AUGGAAGAAACCAAAAUCUCGGUCAAGUACGAACCAGAGAAGAAGAGUCGGUCAAACCAAUCAGAAGCCGUAGCAGAGUUGUUCAGACAUAUCGCCAAUAAGCAAGUCGAUGAAGUCUUGAAAAUCAUCGUCGUCGGCCUCGCCUUUGCAGAUACGCCAAACGACCGAGGCGAAACACCUCUUAUAGCAGCCGUCACCACCAACGAUGCAGCCAUGAUACGCACCCUCGUCUCUCUCGGAGCAACAAUCAAUGGCUAUGGCAGCUAUUAUGACGGCCACCAUAAGACGAAAGUCCUGCGAACGCCUCUCCAAGUGGCGGCCUCACAAGGGAAACUUGGCAUCGUCAAGAUCUUGCGCGAUCUCGGCGCCGACGACUCGCUCGUUGCUCCAGACGGGGCGAUUGCGCUUCGGUUGGCUGCUGAGAACGGUCAUCGAGAGGUUGUUGAGUAUCUCCCAGCUCGACGCGGCGGUGCUUGGAAGAGGUGGAAGGCGACACAUGAGAAACAAAUGAGACUCGUUCGGCUGAUUCUGGAGAACAUUGGAUCUGUUCUCGAGAUUCUCUUCUGGAGAAUACCAAAGUUUAUCUUAUGGAAGAUUCCGAAGCAUGUCGUUACGACUGUCCCAAAGGAGAUUUGGGAGCGUCGACACAAGGUUGGGCCUUGGUGCAAGCGGCAGAUCUAUAAAUUUCCCAGCCGCGUCAAGAAAGUCGCUAAGAGUGCUCAUGAAGGCGUUAGAAAGGCGGGAAACGUCGUCAAGAAGACACCUGCAAAGAUAUGGGACAUCCUGAAGCGCAUACCCGGAGCUUUGCGGAUCAUCCUAUCGUGGGUUGGCCGAGGACUUGGCCAUAUCGGCAACGCAGCUUUCAAUAUCGUCAAGCGACUAGCUUCAUUAAUUCACACGGUGGCUGAGGCUGUCGUAGGCUUCUUUCGGGCUGUUACAUUGCAUGAUAUUGUCAACGGCUUUCGCGCCGUCCUUGGAACUCUGUUGAUAGAUUUUCCCGGGGCGGUUGCUUGGUUCGUGACAACUGUCCGCAAGACGGCCUACGAAGUGCUCGGAGCUGUUUUGGGGACAUUGGGAAAGGUAAUAUUCUAUGCUUUUGCUUUGAUACUACGUCUUCUCCGCUGGCUGCCUAAACAGAUGUGGGAGAUGUUGCUGGCGUGUGGGAAAUCGGUUGAUAAAGGGAUGGAGGAGAUCCUGGUAUGGAUCAAUCCAAAGAGAAUAUAA